UAGAAUCCCACAUUUUGCUCUCCUUUCAAAUGACACCUUCUUCCCUUCCCUACCAAAAUGUCCACUCAUAUCUCCUCUUUUAUCUCCCGGAAACCAAAACUCAUCCGUCUUUUCUUCCCACCAAAUAUUUUUUCAACAUCUCCUCGCCAGCUUUGCCUACGGGCUGGCUAGCUAGCUUUGAGGGCAACAUUCUAUUAUUUUUAUAUACUCUUUGAAGAAUAUUAUUAAUUCGUGGAUCCUUCAAUGCUUGCUUUUAUUUUGAUUUUUGUUUCUGGAUUCAAUCAAGCAUAUGAUUAGAUCAUUGGCACACACAGUUACAGACAUGAGUUGCUUCCCGUGCUUCGUGUCACAGAGGAGUACGAAAACAAAUAGCAAGAGGGAGCACGUUUCUCCAUUUGAUGAACACACUACAUCAAGACCGCCUGUAGCUAAAACUCCACUAGUUGUGCGUGUAGAGAUUAAGAAACAAAAGGCUGCAGGUUGUGAAGUUCAAGACAGAAAUAGCGCAGCAAAAACUUUCACUUUCCGUGAGUUAGCAACAGCAACGAAGAAUUUCCGCCAAGAAUGUCUAUUGGGUGAAGGUGGAUUUGGAAGAGUCUACAAGGGUACGCUUCAAGCAAGCGAGCAGGUGGUGGCAGUGAAGCAACUUGACAGAAAUGGAUUGCAUGGUUACAAGGAAUUUCUUGUGGAUGUUUCAAUGCUCGGUGUCCUCCACCAUGAAAAUCUGGUCAAUCUCAUAGGAUACUGUGCUGAUGGAGAUCAAAGGCUUUUGGUGUAUGACUACGUGUCAGGGGGUUCUCUAGAAGACCAUCUUCUUGAUAUUGGACCAGAUCAGAAGCCAUUAGAUUGGUCUACAAGAAUAAGAAUUGCAUUUGGUGUUGCUAAAGGAUUAGAAUACUUGCAUGAUAAGGCCAAUCCCCCUGUUAUAUAUCGUGAUUUAAAAUCCUCAAACAUCUUGCUGGAUGAAGAUUUUAACCCAAAACUGUCUGAUGUUGGACUAGCUAAGCUUGGCCCUCUUGGGGACAAUACCAAUUUAUCGACAAGGGUGAUGGGUACAUAUGGUUAUUCUGCUCCAGAGUACACAAAAUCAUGUCAUCUCACAUUGAAGUCAGAUGUGUACAGUUUUGGAGUUGUUUUACUAGAGCUCAUUACUGGUCGAAGAGCCAUUGACACCACAAGACCGAUUGAAGAGCAAAAUUUAGUUGCUUGGGCACAACCCAUAUUCAGGGACCCAAGAAGGUUUCCAGAUAUAGCUGAUCCUCUUCUUAGAAAGCAAUUCCCAGAAAAAGAAUUGAAUCAAGUAGUUGCAAUAGCAGCCAUGUGCCUGCAGGAGGAAGCAGCAGUCCGUCCCUUUAUGAGUGAUGCUGUAACUACUCUAAGUUUCCUUUCUACAACUCCACCAGAGAUCAUCCAGCUUGCUCUUCCAUCGCCUGCCACACCUUCUCAAACUGAAAAUCAUCACAUUGACCACAAUACUUCAGAUGAUGAAGAUGAAGAUAGUGAAAGUAGUGCAAUACACCAAGAUGCAGAUAGUAAAGCUGCAGACAUGCUGGGGAGUGACAGUUCAGAUUCAGACCAUGAGGAUAUUGAUAUAAUAGAUGAUGAACAUGAAGAGCAUCAUGAUCAUGGAGAUGCUUCAGAUUAUGAGGGUAGAGAGACAGCAUCUUGUGAAAAUGAAUACCAAAAAACCGUUCUUAUGGAUACUAAAAUACAGCUUUCCAAUAACUCAAGUUGCAAAAACAGCAGGCAGCAGCAACAGAUCACAUAAUGGAAGAGCUUCUUUGAUGCACAAAGUCAGCAGCAGCUUUAGUUCAUACGAAGGAAGAGUGUCAUCAAGCCAUAGCAGCAGCAAGGGAGCACACGAUGGAGAUGGACAUGUAUCUUCACUCAACAACUGCGGUAGUGGGGAUUUAUCGUAGGAGAUUGCUUGCAAGUAUUUGUGUUACUUCCUGAAUAUCAUAAAACGAAUAAUUCUUCAUCUUUCUUUUUCUAUUGCCAGGAGCUAAUCUUUGUUUAUAGACCACAACAGAAGCAACAGUGAAUCACAAGUGAUCAUCUCCAUUUCACUGUUAGGAAUUUUUUUUUUUUUUUUUAAAUUUCAGUGUACGAUAUGACAUUAAGUACACCUUUAUAUUUGUAAUGUUUAGUCUAAAUCUUGAAAUAGAUCCAUUUUAAAUAGGGAGGAUCUUUUAUCAUGUACAGAAUAUAAAAGGUGAU